GCGUUGGGAGAGAGAGACAGAGAGAUAGCAGCAGAUGGACUAGAGCCUGCAACACAUUUACAAGGGAUAGACUGUAUGUGUGACAGUGUGUGUGUAUGCGUGCAUAACAGGGACGCUGCAUGUAGGAUAAUGGUUGUGAAUGACUGAGGGUGUAACAGCGAGCGUCUUUCAUGUCCUCUGGAAUUUAGUGCGGUGAGCAGUAAUCCUCUUGAGGAAAAGAGGGACACAGAAGAGUGAGCACUUUUACUCUUCACACUUCUGCUGCUUUCACAGGGCAGGUGCAAGCCCUCCAAGCUACUGUAGUGAGCCUGUUAUCAUGAUAGGAGUAUCUCGAUAAAUGCUACAAACUGUAGCAGGACAUUUUGUUCAUCUGGUUGCAGUGUUUGACCCAAGAAGAGACUUGUGUGUUUAUAACAGAUAGAGCAGUCAGGGCGGUUCAGAGGGCACCAUUGGGAGCACGGAAGGGGGAUUCUCUAUGGUGAAGAUGAGUCUGGACCCCGUACAGGUGAUGAGUGGCCAGGUCAAGGAGCUAAAAGUUUCCCCGUCUUCCAACGGGGACAGCAGAGGAUCAUGGGAAGUAAAAGAAGAGUUUGAUCAAGACCACCGGGGCCUCACCGCCAAGCCAAAAUCACCUAAGCCAGAAAAUGCAGUGACCAUUGCUGUUUCUUCUCGGGUCCUGUUUCGAACUGAGCGGGAGCAGAGGGUAUUCGAGCAGCAAGGCGUGGAGGAGUAUCUGAGAUACCAAAUCGAACAUGAGAACGAACCCUUUGCCCCUGGACCUGCAUUCGCCUUUGUCAAGGCUCUGGAGGCGGUCAACACUCGCCUGCGGGAGCUGUAUCCACAAAGUGAAGAACUGUUCGACAUUGUUUUGGUGACAUACAACCAUGCACACGUAGGGAUCCGGCUCAUCAACACCAUCAACCAUCACAACUUGUUCAUCGAGAGGUUUUGUAUGACAGGGGGAAGCAGUCCUAUCGGCUACCUGAAGGCCUGGCUCACUGACCUCUACCUGUCUGCUGACGCCGAAAAGGUCAGGGAGGCGCUGUCUGAAGGCAUUGCAGCAGCCACGAUGUUCAUGCCAGAGAAGAUGACGGAGGUAUCAGAGUCUCAGCUGAGGGUGGCGUUCGAUGGUGAUGCUGUUCUCUUCUCUGAUGAGUCCGAGCGCAUCUUCAAGGCCCAUGGGCUGGACAAGUUCUUUGAACAUGAGAGGGAACAUGAGGACACACUACUGGAUCAUGGUCCCCUGAAGGGCUUCCUGGAGGCACUUGGGAAGCUCCAGAAAAAGUUCUAUGCUAAAGGCCAGCGCCUGAAUUGUCCAAUCCGGACCUACUUGGUUACAGCUCGUAGCGCAGCCAGCUCCGGGAUUCGGGCACUGAAGACACUUAGGGCCUGGGGUUUGGAGAUCGACGAGGCCUUGUUCCUAGCAGGGGCAGCAAAGGGCCCCAUGCUUGAGAAGAUAAGACCUCACAUCUACUUUGACGAUCAGAUGUUUCAUGUGGAGGGAGCGGCAGAGAUGGGUACCAUUGCUGCCCAUGUGCCCUACGGCAUUGCACAGAAACAUAACCCCAAACAGAGUACUAGUGUGGGGAAGUAGACGGAAGGACUUCAGAUGCUAAUGGCACAGACAUCCAGAAAGAAACACAGCAGGAGAAGAGGGAUGGAGAAACAUCUUGGAGAGGAACAAGUUGUGCAAAGAGGGGUUUCAGGAAGCGAGGAAAGAUGAACUUGUACUGUAAAGUAUGUGGAAAUGCAUCAUUUCCAUAUUGUAGCAAUUCUAUUAUUUGUUUUUAAGUUUGUUUUAUCACAAUGUAAACUGUCUCAGCUUAAUGCUAUCAUGUUAGGAGUUAGAUACAGGUCUGGGUAGAGGUCAAGUAGAGGUCUGGAACCCAAGAUGACCUGGAUGCCACAAUCUACUGAAUACUAAAGUGUUUUUAUCAAAUUUCGCUUUGUAUGGGACUUUAAAGGUGCUUGGUUUCCAUGGUGACCUGACUCUAUAACUCUCACCACUACUCGUGUUGAUUAAGAAGACACCUCUUUAGCGAAUGCUUGAGGAUACCGAAUGAAUGGUCUCACUGAUUUCUGUUUUAAGUAAAGCACAGAGACUACACUGUAUGUCGUCAAUAAAUGAGCCAUAAGCACAAUAUAGAGACAUAAUAAGGUAAAAGUUAUAGUGAUGUAUUGUAGAGAGUUAUAAUUGAAAUUAUGUGUCAAUCAGUUUGACUUCACAGGAAUGUAAAACUGUUUGUUUGCUAGUAUACUAAAUGUAUUUCAUAUUACUGAAGAAAACAACAUAAUAUUAUUUUAUUAUUCUGUUAGUCCAAAACAAAUAAUAGAAAGCUAUAAGUUUCAGUUUGUGCCUUAGUUUCAAUGAAUACACUGUUUUAGCCGUGAUAGCAGUGUGGUUGCCCCAACUCUUUGUCCAGAGUGAAAUAUUUUGGCAAUUAUUGGAUAAAUUACCAUAAAAUUCAAUACAGAGAAUGAAACCUAAUGCAUUUCUGUGCUCCCUCACUUUUCAUGUAGCUUCACAUCUCUAAAGCUAAAGUUAAUGGCCAAACCCCCCCUAGCCUCAGCUGUACACAAUACCAUUAAUAUGCUACAUAUUCUUCUGUUAGCAUGUUAAAUGUAUUUCAUAUUUAUGAAGAUAGCAUCUUAUUUUACUCUUAUGUCAGUCCAAAACAAAUAUAGACAGCCAAACAUUUCAGUGGGUGCCUUUAGUUUCAAUGAAUACAUUAUUUAUGGCCAUGCUGCUAGCAUGGCCGUAAAUAGUGUAUUCAUUGAAACUAUCUCAAUAUGUUGAUAAUUUGGAAUUUGGUGUCCAUUACUUUUCAUGUACCACCAGGAACAGGUCAAAAUUGUACAAAACUUAGGUUCAACACUUAGGUUCAUGGCAGUGAAGGUGGAAUUGGCAUGAAAGCUAAGUCUCACAUGUUGGUCUGAGAUUACGUAAAAUGGCUGUUUGAUGUACAGUAAAAAAACAUGGCUGUGCCUCAAUGAGGUCAAAUGUUAGGCUACAUGUUUUGCCGCAUUAGUGGUAUGAAUAUAAAAACUGUCAUGUUUUAGCUCUUUUUUUAGCUAUUUUUAAUCCAUCCAACAAUUAAGCUUUCUAAAUGAUUAUAGUCUCACAGGGCUGCUAGCUAGCAUGGCUAGUUUGUAAGUCAACCUGCUGGCUAAAGGUGUUGUGGCUCCUGAAGUGAAGUCACAUAAACUGAUGUGCAAUAAGCAGCUAUCUUGAUUUUACUGCCAUCUCCUGUACAUCAAGGCUAGUACAAAUGCUAGGUGGCACUGAUUGAUAUUUUAAAAUGUUACCAAUUUAACUGUCUGGCAAUCAAUACCUAAUUGGCACUGAAUACCUUAUUUAAGUUAUGAAUUAUGUUUGAUUGAAAAACCUGAAUUUGUCUUUCACUGACAAAAAGGCCGCAGUGGCCUUUUGAAAAUGCCAAUCCACUUCACAUCACUUUGUCUCCACCGGCAAGUCUUCAGAUAUCUUCCACCUAUAUUUAGCGAUGGUUCAUUACAGCUCAUCAGCCUUCUGAGGGCCUCAAAGAUGACAAGCAAUCCCCCAAUAAUUUCACAGAACACAUAAUUAAACAGAUGUUUCUUUUGGCAGACAUUAGCCCUAAAAUGAUGGUUGAGUUAUAAGACAAAAAAGUUUAAACAGGAUGAGCUAAUCUGCAAGGUGCCAUUCAGGGAAGGUUGGACUAUUUUAAUUUCAUCUGUUCAUGAUGACUUUAUUGAUCUUUGAUUUUAAUGGCUUUGCAAAGAAAAUGUACAUGAACAAUAAAUAAAGAUGUAAAUUA